AUUACACAGUAAAUCAUCUUAGUAAAUUAAGGUUUUAUAAAAAAAAAUUCUGUAGUUUUAAGAUAUUGAGCCACAGUGCUUUGACUUCAGUAGGUUUACUUCUUUAAAUAAAUAAAAAAAAAUAAAAAUAAUAACACACUAUAAUAGAUUGUUUCCCAGACUUUUACAGUGUGGCGAUUCAUCCCAGGUAUGCUUAUAAACAUCUGUACUGAAGGAGCAUAAAGAUGACCACAUUUCAGUGCCAAGUUAGACUUUUAGAUGACACCGUUAUCGAGCGUGACCUGGAGAAAAAAGCAAUCGGCCAGGUCCUGUUCGAUAAUGUGUGUGAGUAUCUCAACCUGCUAGAGAAGGACUACUUUGGCCUGGCAGCAUGGGAUUCAUCCAACAGCAAGGUGUGGCUGGACUUAUCCAAAAAGGUUCACAAGCAGAUCAUAGGUCAAGUUGCUACAUUUUCAUUCUGUGUCAAGUUCUACCCACCUGACCCUUCCGUACUGGCUGAAGACAUCACGAGGUACUUACUGUGUCUUCAGCUAAGGGCAGACAUCUUGACUAGCCGUCUGGCCUGUCCUUCAGAUAUGUUGGCAGUUUUAGGAUCAUACACGAUCCAAUCGGAAUUUGGGGAUUAUAAUCCUGAGCUACAUGGGAAAGAGUUCUUCAGUAGGAUUCCCCUUGGACCCAAUCAGACUUCAGAGCUGGAAGAGAAAGUGGCAGAGCUGCAUCGCACACUCAACUCCAUGAGUCCUGCUGAAGCAGACCAGCUUUUCCUGCAGAAUGCUAAGACGCUAGACAUGUAUGGAGUUCACCUGCAUCCUGCUAAGGAUGCCAGUGGUGGAGCUGUGAUGUUGGGGGUGUGUGCUGAUGGACUGAUGGUAUAUGAGGAUGAGACAAAGACACAGAGUUUCAUCUGGCCUAGUGUUUUAAAUAUGUCUUACAGGCGCAACAACUUCCUGGCCAAUAUUUUCCACUCAGAGGAUGCAUCUGUAAGUACCCUUAAAUUCAGCCUGUCCAGCUACCGUGCCUGCAAACGCCUGUGGAGAAAUGCUGCAGAGCAUCAUGGCUUUUUCAGGAACCACAGGAGCCCAGACAAGGCCCGAAGGGGCAGGCUGCAUUUGGGGUCUAGAUUUCGUUUCCAAGGGCCCACUCAUGCAGAAUCUCUAGAGGCGAGCUCUACAAUCGAGCGACCAGCUCCAGACUUUGCACGCUCAGCCAUCAAGAGAAAAGCAAGCGAUAGUGAUUCUUUGGCUUUGAAACGUCUAAAUCAACCCGAGUUUGAUGAGUUGUUAGAAGAGCUUGGCUCUGAUGAAUCAUGGUCAAGAGUCCAGGAAAUCAGAGAGGAACAAACAGGUGGUGAGACCCUUGUUUAUAAAGAAAGACAGGAAACAGAUAAACCAGAUAAUGAGAGCUCUCAGCAACUGGGUGGACGCUCCUUUCAAACUCAGCAAUCAUUUUCAUACUUAUCUUCAGGUGCUGGCGUUUCAGAAAGUACUAAAUUUAAGCUUUGGAAAUUGGAAGCUGAUGAUUGGUUUGUCCUCCUUGCACCUCACCCUUAUCAGCCCUUGAAGGAUCUAUCAUUGUCCCUGCAGUCGUCUCAAGCCGAAGCACAAGGGGAAGAGCUCAAAUGGAUAGAAAAAUCAUCGGAAAAGAGUAUAAAAAUCAUCAAAAUAAGAAAAGAGAAUGGGGCUAUGACAGAAUACAGUGAGGAACUAGAACUGGGACCUGAUUUUGCUGGAGAAAAUCUAGAGUUGGAUGUUGGAGGCAGUGAGCAAAUGAUGAAGGUUAUGAGGAAAAAGAUAGAACUAGAAGGGGAUGGAGAGGAACUAAAAACGGUAGUAAUGUAUGAAAGGAGAAUGCAGGAAGGAGAAACCUCUGGACAAUCUCAGAAUCAUAUUUUUGAACCAAGGAUAAGAGAAAUGGAAGUAGGAGAGACAGUACAUGAAUUGAUGUUAAAGUCAGGUCAAGUAAUGCCUGAGGAAACUAUAGAGGAAUUAGAGGAAAGAUUACAAGAAGUGGAGGAUAUUGGACAGAGACUACGGCAAAUAGAAAGGAUAAAAGGCAGGUUACAGGCAGUGGAAUUUUUGGAACAAAAACUCCAAGAAGUGCAGCAACAAGGGGAGAGCGACGACUGGUACAUUUUGCUGGAGCACAAACUGAUGGAAUCUUCAGCACCUGCAAAGCGUCUAGGUGUGGACACUUCAGAACAGGAACUGGAGGACAUAGAACUGAAAAGACGAGAACAGGGAGAGGAAGGUGAUUGGCACCUGGUGCGGGAUGACGAAACCCUGGUGAUAUCUUCAGCGAGUGCAGGUCAUAUCAUGGACACAGGAGAGCAAAAAGCUGAGAUAAUACAAGAGUGGAGAGAGGAAGAAAGAGCAGACACUGAAAGACCUGUCCAGAUGAAUGAUGACUGGUACCUUUUGCUGGAAUUACUUCCACAAGCUACACAGACCAUGCAAACUGCAGAGCCUCCAUCGGCAUCAGUGGUUGAUAGACUGUCAUCUUGGGAUCACGUGGAAGAAGAGCACGUAACAUUGAGCGAGGAAACGGCAUGGACAGAUGAGAGAGCAAUUCAUCUGAGAGAAGCACAACCAGAUUUACCAGCACAAAGAGAAAAACAGGUGGACGAUGACUGGUUUAUCCAGCUGGAUUUUUCUCCCAAAGACACAGUGAUUGAUAGCCAGUCAUCUCUGGCACAUGUGGAAGAAGAGCACGUAACCGUGAGCGAGGAAACCAAAUGGACAGAAGAGAGAACAAUUCAUGUGAGAGAAGCACAACCGGAUUUACCAGCACAAAGAGAAAAACAGGUGGACGAUGACUGGUUUGUCAAGCUGAGUGUUUCUCCUAAGGACACAGUGAUUGAUAGCCAGUUAUCUCGGGCACAUGUGGAAGAAGAGGCCAUAAAUUUGAACGAGGAAACGAAAUGGACAGAGAAGAGAACAAUUCAUCUGAGAGAAGGACAAGCAACUUUACCAGCACGAAGAGAAAAACAAGUGGACGAUGACUGGUUUGUCCAGAUGACUGUUUCUCCUGAAGACACAGAUGUUCGCAAAGAGACCAGAGACGAGGACAUACAGCUAUUCAAAAAGGAAGUAAAUGUCAUACAAUUCAAGGAGGAGCGAGGAGAAGUGAUAGAAACAUCUCAUGAAGUGGAGGAGAUUCAUCUGUUACCUUUCGAGAAGAGAGCAGAUAUUUCAGCACAAGAAAGUGCUAUUGUGGCUUUAAAGCACACAACCCGAACUGAGGCUGAUGACUGGUUCCAGUUGUUUGGCUUUGAUGAAUCACGACCUACUUAUAAACCAGUAACCACGACAUUGGAUUCUGAAGAUGCAGCAGGCCUGAGAUAUCAACAAACAGUCAUGAUCAAGGGAAGAGAAGUGACCUUUGACCAUAAGCCUAUGAUCAUUAAAGAGAAGCAAGUGAUAGUGGGAGGAAUAGAGAAGAAAAUGGCUGCUUUGGUGCAUAAGGAUGAAGACGACUGGUUUAUCCUUUUCGCACCAGCGCUGAUUAAGAAGAAGGUCAUCACCACAGCAGAAACAUAUCAAAUGGAGGUGAUUGAUGACUGGUCCCACCUGCUGGCUCCUGUUUCUAAAAAAAUAGUGACUGUACACGUGAGAGCUGAAGAGGACCAGCGUAGGAAGGAGGAGUUGCUUAAAAAACAAAUCAUUACAGAAGACAGAGUAAAAGUACCAGUCAUCAAACCUUCAGUCCCUGUCAUUCCACUGACUCCAGCUGACCAGCCAAUGACAUCGACUCCCACUGCACAAUCUAUUCACAUCACAAGGCCUGCCUACAAAGAGGAUCGUCUAAAGAGACUAGACAUCACUCAAGAGAUCACACAAGACAUAACAGAGGACGAAUUUAAGAGAAGAGACAAGAGAGAUAAACGUGAAUCCAUUUAUGUCCGUCACAGCAAUCUAAUGUUAGAGGACUCUGAUAUCACCCAGGAGGUGGUGCUGAAGCAUCAUGAAAGCGUCAGCUUGUUAAAACGCAUCUUUAUGGAGGACGUACCCGUAUACGGCCCCACUGAGUGGGACAGGCGUCUCUCAUCAUACACUCCUAUUGUCUACCCCAAAAUAUCCAAUGGCGAUCUAUUCUCUGGCCUAGAACUGAUGGCAGCAGAUGGAAUAUUGGUCAUGUGACAUCACACCACUCUCUUAUUCAGAGCCAAUCUUUGAUUGUAUCAAGAAAAAAGCACCCAGUACAACAUCUUUUUUUCUCACUGCACCAGUUUGUCAUUGAUGCAUUGCUGUUAUUAGUUAGUAAUAUAUUUUUUUGAUUAUCAUGUGCAGUAAAUAGUAGAUACACUAUAUGGUGUAAUACAUAGGAUUACAGUGGUUUCUUGGCUGAAUGCAGAUGUCUAAUGUCUGGUAAAGGAUGCGGGGAUGUGAAGUUGUCAGUAUUCAGUAGCCGCAUAUUGAAAGCUGUGGAAACCGAGCAAAGAAUCAAAAUGUGUGUAGGUUUGUUUAGUUAAUAGUAGCAUUAUGUCAGUCAUCAGCGAAUAAAUUGAAUAAUUAUAGUAAAGCUCUUAUUUAGGCAAGUUCGUUUUUAAGAUGACAGGUUUUUCACCCAGUGUCAUCGUAAUCUUGGGCUGGUUGCUUUUAACUGCUUUUAUUGCCAUUGUUUGUAUAGGUGUGGUUUUUAAAAAAGAUAUACAAGAUAUAGUUUGUUUAUUAGGUUUAGAGUCUGCAUAUGGAUAUAAUGGAGAUACAUGUCCUGUUGAUUUAUUCUUGUCAUGACAUUUUUAGCUGGCAUAAAUUCUGUUAAAAUACUAAGAUAUUGUAUUGCUUCAAUAUAGAAUUUAUUUAUUUUUUUGUCAGAAAAGAAAUUGUUGAAGCUUUGAUAGAUAUGGCCCAGGCUGCAGUGGGGGAGGUACUAAAAAUGUUCUUGCUCAGGAGUUGGUCCUCUUUUAAACACUGUCUGACAUUUCUUCAAAGGCAUCCCUUUGAACAAAUGGGUAUAGAGACAGACUAACGCAGUAGUCUACUAUAAAUACAUUUGUAAAAAACAGUAUAACAGGCAGAAACAAACAUGUGAAGGUACAACAUGUACAUUAAAAAAAAAAAAACUUAUUUUUAUACCGAUGAAAACUAUUUUAUAAAGAAUCAAACUUUCUUUUGACAGCUUUCCAAAAUGCAUAUGCAAAAAGGAACAUGAAUUGUGUUUUUCUCAACAUUGUUUAGCUGUUGUAUGAAGUAAAUAUGUUCUAAAGGAAACAGAUUCAAGUAACAGUACUGGGUAUGGGCUGUACUUAGUAAUAGUGUAAUAGUGUAAUGUGGAGUUAAUACUGAAAUAACUAAAAUAACAUAACUAUAGACUUGCAUACUACUCAGCACGUAUGCACGUUUCUUUGCCUUACGGAAAAAUCACAUACGUUUCACAUACAGUAUAACUAUGUGCAAAAAUAUUUAACUGUUUUCAGCCCUGCAAGUGCACAUGUAAACUCGAUCGAACACACAACAUCUUGUGGAUUAUUGAUAUAGGAAAAUCAUACCUGCUAAAUGAAACCACAUGACCUACAUUUAAACAUGAAAAUAAAGAACUUUUGUGAAAAUUAAAUAAAUAAGUCCUAUGUAACAAAUAGCAUGUAAUGAAAUUGUGUGAAAUUACCCGUGUGUUAUGUUUUGUUAAAAAAAAAAAACUCAUUAAGAGUGACCAAAACCACAUGUUUAAAUGUCACAAAUGAAUCAUGAGAUCAUUCACAUAUCAUGUUCCUGUGGUGUUUUUGUAAGGGGACCUUGAACUCACAUGGAUUUU